CCUCCUAUCAUCGUCAAUAGAAAUUCCCGAUUGUUAUUUCUAUUAAAAUUAUUUUUCUAAUUGAUAAUACACGAAAAUUCAUCACUAUACUGCACAGUUUGACUGCACUGACAAUCAGAUUCGACACUAAAAUAUUCGACACUUGUGACUGCUUUCACAGAUCAGAUAUAUUUCGUGUCUAACAAGAAAAAAAAAAAAAAGAAAAAACACUGACACCUAAAAAUGACCGUAAUCAUUUUCACCAGAUCGAAGAAAAUCUCCUUAAAAAUCUCCUCGUCUUUGAUCGGUACAAAUCCAAAAAUGAAGAUUAUAGACCACGAUAGAGGUAUUCGUAGAAGACCUAAGUUUCUAGCAUGACAAGUAUCAUUAAAUCCUGACGAAAGAUAACAAAAGAUGACAAUAGAUCAAAGCUAAAACUGACAACUAACAAUGACAGCUACUUAUUAUGAUAAUCAUUCGUCACAAGUCAACGUCAAAAAAGACACCUAUCGUUUUAGAUUCGAGUAUAGUUGAAUAAGUAAUCCUAACACGCACAUGUUCAUACAUACACACCAUGCAGGAGGAUCAUGUAGAACAAGACAUAUCGAUAAUAUUGACCAUCUUUUUCAUGAAAUUUGCCGGUUUUUGGUUAGCCGCCAAUCCAUCGGAACAAUUUUUAAGACGAAUUGCAUUGUAUUACACUGCUGGUGCUGUAUCUUUCGCAGUUUACGUCGAAGUAACAGAUUUUUAUUAUUCCCGAGACGAUUUCUCUGAGACGAUUUAUAUCAUGUGCAAUACUAUGACCCUCGUAAUGGUUUUAUGUAAAAUGUUUAUAUUAUCAGUUCAUCGUAGAAAAUUUUUAUAUCUCAUCAAAUACAUGCAAGAUUAUUUUUGGAAUUCUCAUUACGAGCCCUAUGAAAAUACGAUCAUUAAGGAUUGUAGAAAACAGUGUACGUACUUUGUUUGUUCGUUCACUUUCUUCGCUCAGGGUACCGUUUUUACUUACGUUGUAACACCAAUUGUUGAAAACAUUGGUAAAAACGAAUCUGAUAGGAUACUUCCAUUUACAAUGUGGGUUGAUCUACCUUUUUCUAUGACACCGUAUUUUGAAGCAACUUUCGUAAUACAGGUAUUAUCCCUCUAUACCGUUGGCAUUUGUUAUUUCUGCUUUGACAAUUUAUUAUGUAUCAUGAACCUUCACACAGCAGCCCAAUUUCGUAUUUUGCAACAUCGUUUAAUGAAAAUUGAUCAUGAGAAAAAAAUAGAUAACAACGACAAUUGUGAUUCUUAUUCGAUUAAUCGAUUACAAUUUGUUUAUCAUAAACUUAAGAAAUGUAUUGAACAACAUCAAAUGCUUAUCAAUUAUUGCGACGAUUUAAAUCACGUAUUUACAUUUAUUAUACUUGGUCAGGUAUUGCUCUUCAGUAUAUUGAUAUGUCUUGUGGGCUAUGAAAUACUUAUAGUGAAUACAGCUCCAACUAGACGCGCCAGUUUUAUAUUUUAUAUGACAGGUACACUGAUACAAUUGAUGAUGUUCACAUUUAGUUGUAAUAUAUUGACAGAAGAAAGUAGGGACGUUGCUGAAGCAGCAUAUUCAUCAUCAUGGAUGUCUAUGCCCUUAAAUAAAAUUGGUAAAGUCUUGAGGAAUGAUAUUUUACUGAUUAUUAUGAGAUCACGUAAACCUUGCAGCCUAUCUGCCGGUGGAUUCUUCAAUGUAUCUUUGGAAACUUAUACAGCAGUAAUGAGUACCGCAAUGUCGUACUUUACUUUACUCAGACAACGCAGUUUGGAAGUAGUUGGUGUUUGAUUGAUCUACGUUAUACAAAAAUUAGCUCUCUUUAUAAAUGAUCUUUUAAAUAAAUCUUAUUUGAAAGUUUAAUUACUAUUCUCUUAUAUAUUGUCUACGUAAAUUCUUAAUUAAUUGUAUUAUGAACAGAAAUGAAAUCUGUAUUGAAUUUGAUUUCAUGUAUUACCGAUGAUGAUGUUGUUACUACAGUCGUAACUUUACAUUCUCGAUAGAAUGUUGUUUUUUCUUUUUAUUUGUUUAAAAUAAUGCAAAAAACACUCUUAUCGUACUAUAUAGUACUAAUAUUUAUUAUUAGACGGAAAAAAAUAAAAAAA